UGUAACAGAAUGGGUGUGGAUUUUGAUGUCAAGACAUAUUGCCAUAACUUGAGGGCCACACAAAACCGCCCUACGAAUGUCCUGUAGGGACCUGUCGCAAAAUCUAUAAAAGCUACAGUGGGAUUGAGUAUCACCUCUAUCACUAUGACCAUGAUAACCCGCCGCUUCAGCAGCAGACACCCAUCCGCAGGUCGAAGAAGAAAGGACGACAGCCUCGCUCUGCUAAUAAGCAGUCGCCUACUAACUCUGAACUGUCCCAGUCGCCAAGUCGUGAGGUGAUGACAUACGCUCAGGCCCAGCGGUUGGUUGAAGUCGAACUCCAUGGAAAGGUCCAUCGCAUCAGCAUCUUUGACAAUCUGGAUGUUGUUUCUGAAGAUGACGAUGUUCCUGAGGAAGCACCUGAGAAUGGGAGUAACAAGGAAAAUAAUGAAACUCCUACUGCAACCCCUAAGUCUGGAAAGCAUAAGAACAAGGAAAAGAGGAAGGACUCAAACCACCAUCAUCAUCAUCACACGGCAUCUGCGGGCACCACUCCGAAGCUCCCUGAAGUGGUUUACCGGGAACUAGAUUCUGAUGCACCAGAUGCUCCUGCCCGGCCUUCCUCCUAUUACAGGUACAUUGAAAAGUCUGCUGAAGAAAUGGAUGAAGAAGUGGAGUAUGAUAUGGAUGAAGAGGACUACAUCUGGCUGGAUAUUAUGAACGAGCGACGAAAGACUGAGUGCCUCAAUCCCAUCCCACAGGAGACCUUUGAAUACCUAAUGGACCGGCUGGAGAAGGAGUCCUACUUUGAAAGCCAUAAUAAAGGGGAUCCAAACGCGUUAAUAGAUGAGGACGCUGUGUGCUGUAUUUGCAAUGACGGGGAAUGUCAAAACAGCAACGUGAUAUUAUUCUGUGAUAUGUGUAACUUGGCUGUGCACCAGGAGUGCUACGGGGUUCCUUACAUACCAGAGGGGCAGUGGCUUUGCAGAAGGUGUCUUCAGUCCCCUUCAAGAGCAGUGGACUGUGCCCUGUGUCCAAACAAGGGAGGUGCAUUUAAACAGACAGACGAUGGCCGCUGGGCACACGUAGUUUGUGCUCUCUGGAUCCCCGAGGUUUGUUUUGCUAAUACAGUCUUCCUGGAACCUAUAGACAGCAUUGAGCACAUCCCACCUGCCCGAUGGAAGCUCACUUGCUAUAUCUGUAAACAACGUGGCUCUGGAGCCUGUAUUCAGUGCCACAAAGCAAACUGUUACACUGCCUUCCACGUUACCUGCGCACAGCAGGCCGGCCUCUACAUGAAAAUGGAACCCGUGCGGGAAACGGGUGCCAAUGGAACAUCUUUUAGUGUCCGCAAAACAGCGUAUUGUGACAUCCACACCCCUCCUGGGUCUGUUUGCAAACUUCCAGCCCUCUCCCACAGUGAGGGGGAGGAGGAAGACGACGAGGAAGAAGAGGAAGGAAAGGUUUGGAGUUCGGAAAAAGUAAAAAAGGCGAAGGCCAAGUCGAGGAUCAAAAUGAAAAAAGCUCGGAAAAUCCUUGCUGAAAAAAGAGCAGCUGCUCCAGUCGUGUCUGUUCCUUGCAUUCCUCCUCACAGGCUCAGUAAGAUCACCAACUGCUUAAACAUCCAGAGGAAAAGCCAAUUCAUGCAAAGGCUACAUAGCUACUGGACAUUAAAGAGACAAUCCCGGAAUGGCGUUCCUUUAUUGCGCCGCUUACAGACACACUUGCAGUCACAGCGGAACUGUGAGCAGAAAGACUCUACGGACAAAAACUGGGUGUUGAAGGAACAGUUAAAGUCUUGGCAAAGGCUUCGGCAUGACCUGGAGCGGGCGCGCCUGCUGGUAGAGUUGAUACGCAAGCGAGAGAAGCUGAAGAGAGAAACGGUACAGGGUGAACUAGUGCCUGCUUGA